GCACGAGCUGUUUGGUUUCCGCUCAAGCUCCCUGCACGUUCCUGAAGUAUACCCACCAGUUUCUGUUUCAUAUCCAUUCAUCAUGUAUGUUCGCACAUACUAUCACAACAACCUGCCUGGAGUUACCUCUCUUCCUCAUGAUUCGCUUCCUCCUGCCGCUCCAGAGAGGCUUGAAACCCUCGGAUGGAACCUCUGGAUGUUGAGUGGCGACGACAUUGAAAAGCAGGCAGCAGAAAUCGCUGAACGAGUUGGGUACACGAGACCCACAGAUAAAAUCAACGUAUUGGCAUCGGAAACAAUUGAAAGCGCUGGGACAGUUGAAGAAAAAGUAAAAAUGACUGCCAAGCUACAAGCUUCAAAGGAACACUACACUGCUACAACUAGCUCGGUCGUUCUGAUUGUGGACGGAAAAGGCCAUUAUGAUAUUGAAGACUCCAUUGAGAAUAUGUGGAUCCGUGUCAUUCUAACCCCAGGAGUGCUAAUGCAUAUUCCUGGAGGAGCACACACGGAUUACUUUCGAAAAUCCUGAGGGGUAUUUGGAUGUUCUGAUGUGGUUCAAUAAGGACGUUAAACACUCAGACAUCGACUGGGUCAAGGGGCAAGACACGCACAACCACUUCGUUCGACUAGAUUAUCUGAACAGGCUCGGCGUAAAACACUAACGGGUUACUUGUAAUUGGCGCUGUGGUAACGGUCAGAUACUUAGUUUACAUUGUCCUUACUGGUUCCUACACAGAUGAAACUUCUAACACAAGCUGUUCUCCCUGACCACUGAUAUUUACUGAUUUUGAUGAACUACGGUUCUAAGAAGAUCCAAUAAACGUUCCGACUUCGAGAGCAAAACAUUCAACUUCAAGAACGUAAUAAAGGAA